CCACAGGGACAGGACGAGCCGAGAAAGUCAGAGAAUACAUAUAUUUGUGCGCUUUUACGCGUGUUAUGAAUUAAUGAUACGGUGGUAAAAGUUUCGCUUUUACGCGUGUGUGGACGUUGUGGUCUGAGCCAUGACCCUCUCCAAGGAGUAUGAAACGUCCCAGCAGACUGGCUUGCCACUGAACGAGGAUGAAGUAUACAUAGCGGGAGAGGACAAACCUCUCCUUGACCGGCAUCUUCUCUACCCGACGGACAACACCAGGGAGCCUAGCUCAUCAGCCGAGUCCAGCGUCGAACUGGACUGCUCUGAGUUCGACUCAUCUGGGGAGAGCGAGAAUAGUUUCUGUGCAGACACACCUUCAUUGGGAAGACCUCGCGGUUCUGUAAAGCCCCCGUAUUCCUACAUCGCUCUCAUCACCAUGGCAAUCUUACAGUGUCCUCUGAAGAAACUGACGCUGAGUGGCAUCUGCGACUUCAUCAGCAACAAGUUCCCCUACUACCGGGAGAGGUUUCCGGCGUGGCAGAACUCCGUCAGACACAACCUGUCACUCAACGACUGCUUUAUCAAGAUUCCGAGAGAGCCUGGAAACGCAGGCAAAGGCAACUACUGGUCUCUGGACCCCGCAUCUGAGGACAUGUUUGACAACGGCAGCUUUCUCCGGCGCAGGAAGAGGUUUAAGAGAAACCAGCCGGAGUAUAUGAAAGAUGGACUCAUGUUUUACCCAAACUUUAGCUGUUACCGGCCUUACUGCGUCCAAAGCCAAGUGAGCGUACCGGCUGCCCCUCUCUGGUGUAUGCCCGUUCAGGACGGGCUCGUGAUGCUACCUUCCUCCUACCUACCAUACCAGAGUCUAAGCAGCAGCUGUAAGGUAGUUGCCCCCGUGGACUUCAGAACGCAACUUUACGCAGCAACUCCUGCAGUACAGAAGGCUGCGAGCGACACACAUACGAAGUGUUCAUUCAGUAUUGACAGCAUUAUGACUAGAACCUUUCCUUAUGUAUCACAUAACUCAAAUCCACAGAACUCCAACCCUCAUUGUUCUGUUGAUCUUCCCACGGGCCCUGCUCGUUUGGUUCCCGAGCCUGAUUCCAACUCCAAUGACUCCAUUCUGCCCAAGUGCAAUGUUGAGCGCUGUUCCUUCAAUAACAGAGAAUGUCCAAAUGCCUUACCUUAGUUGUUGAAGUGUUUGUUUGUUAUAGCUUCUACCAAAGAAACCUCUGUGUUUGUAUACAAGUGAUAAAAUGAUCCAAUGGAGGCACGUUUACGCAUUUCUCAAGGAAAGUAUUUAAACUGCAUGUUGUUUAUGUUCAUUCAAUGUUGAAUACAGUAUGUCAAAUGAAGUUAAUGUAAAUAUGAAGACUGAUAAUAUAUUUGUUAAAAUAUGGUGUCAAUGUGAAAGUGGAACCACUUUUGCCAAAUGUUAAAAAUCCAUUGUAUUUU